AUGCCAGAGAAGGAAACAGAAAACGUUAUCUGUCAGGAUGGAGUACUCGAUGCCAAUGCCAACGGUGGAGCCAAAGAUAUGGGAGAACUUGAAAGUGGCCAUACCCAAGGAGAAAGAGGAGGAGAGGAAGAAGCGGCGAUCUAUUCAGCUUUCAAGCCAGGAACCAAGAUUUUUAUAUUGGUGAUGGCUACAUUUUCAUCCUUAUUCUCCCCUAUGUCGACAACAGUUUACUUGCCGGCCCUGACCCCCAUUUCAGCCGAUCUGAAAGUCUCGACUAACCUUAUCAAUUUGACACUGACCACCUACAUGGUCUUCCAGGCCCUCUCCCCCACAUUUUUUGGAGACUUUGCAGACACAAGCGGGCGCAGGCCUGCAUACAUUACCACUUUUGCAGUUUAUCUAGCUGCCAACAUUGGCCUAGCGCUGCAGAACAGUUAUCCAGCACUUCUAGUGCUUCGGUGCCUGCAGAGUGCAGGAAGUAGCGCGACCAUUGCUAUCACGAUGGGCGUGAUGGCAGACAUUGCAACUGUCUCCGAGAGGGGGAGGUAUGUAGGCAUGGUUUUGACGGGAACUUUGGUUGGUCCAGCUAUAGGCCCUGUACUAGGUGGUGUACUUGUGCAGUACCUUGGAUGGCGAUCAACCUUCUGGUUUCUGGCAAUUGGAGCCGGAGUGUUUCUGGUGCCGUAUGUGCUUUUUGUGCCGGAGACAUGCCGGAAUGUGGUGGGCGAUGGCUCUGUGCAACCGCCGUGGUGGUGGAGCCGCACACUGAUGGAUAUAUGGAAAGGCAAAAAGGCCCGGCCGAGCAAGGUGGAAUGGGAAGCAUCUCUGGCAGACCAAGGGAUCAAGAGGAGGACGUCUAGCUUUCCUAACCCGCUGCAGUGUGCAAGAUUGGCGCUAGAAAAGGACAUCGGACUGAUCCUAGGGGUCACGGCGGUGUUGUACGGGGCGUUUUACAUCAUGUUGGCUUCUGUCCCAUCCCUCUUCAAAGAGAUAUAUGGUUUCAACGAGUUCCAGGUUGGACUCUGCUACUUGCCAAGCGCAGCUGGGGGGAUAGCAUCAAGCUUCAGCAUUGGCCACCUUCUAGAUUGGAAGUUCCGGCGCAUCGCUACGAGCCUUGGCCUGCCUGUGGACCGCAAACGAGCCCAAAGCCUGAAGGAAUUCCCCAUCGAACGGGCCCGGAUUUCGCUCAUGCUCCCACUCCUCUACGCCGGCAUGGCCACGAUGGUUGGGUACGGUUGGGCUCUUGAGCAGAAGGCGAUGCUUGCUGGACCACUGAUACUGCAGUUUGUGACGGGCUUCUGCACCGGUAGUGCCUUUACAGCAAUGAGCACGCUGCUGGUGGACCUGUACCCGUUCAACCCGUCGGCGGUGACAGCAGCAAGCAACCUGACCCGUUGCCUAGUGGGAGCGGGGGCAACGGCAUCGUUCAACCCUCUGAUCGAGCGGAUUGGAAUAGGCUGGUGCUUCACGGUGUGGUGUCUGUUGACUGUGGGGGUUUCUCCAGGUCUCUGGGUAGUUAUCCGAUGGGGUCCGGCAUGGAGGGAGCGGCGGCGGCGGCGGCAACAGCAGCAGCAGCAGGCGUAA